UUAUUUUAUUUUUUUUGGAAAGGAUAUGAUAGGAAUGGUUUGAAGUGAGUGUGUGUGUGAUAAUAGUGAAGUGUGGUGAAAAUGUACCCGGGUUCGGAGUCGCGCAAACGCGCCAGCGGUUCGUUUCCGCCCGGCACCUUUGACCCGGCCUAUGCGGAUCAAGCUCCGUACGCGGCCCCGCAUCCCCAACAAUACGACAACACUUAUUACAAUGAUUGGAAUGCUUCUCAGGCCUACCGAAUGCCUGCUCCCGGGAUUUAUCCCACCCUGGAUCCGUCUCGUGAUGCGAAUGUAUGGCAGCAUCCGAACCCGUCUGCCUUUCCGGGAGGAGUGGCAGACUUUUUGCAGAACCCCAUGGUAGCGGGUGUGGCGUCGCAGUACGGCAGGAAUUUAGUCGGCGAGCACCUAGACAAGUACCGCGACAAGUUGUCGUCGCUCAAGUACUAUUUCGCUGUGGAUACGACUUGCGUGGCGAAGAAACUGGGUCUGCUUUUGUUCCCUUUCGCGCACGACAACUGGACGAUCCAGUACAGGGAUGCGGAACCCGUGCAGCCCCGUCACGACGUCAAUGUGCCGGACUUGUACAUUCCUCUCAUGGCGUUUGUCACGUAUAUCUGCGUCGCUGGCUACGUCCUUGGAGCUAAGGAGAAGUUUGAGCCUGAACAACUAGGAAUUUAUGCGUCUUCAGCAUUGAUUUGGCUGGUUGCCGAGGUGUUAUUGUUGAAGCUGGUGAUUUACCUGACUCAGAUGCCGUCUAGACUCACAUCCUAUGACCUAAUUGCUUAUUGCGGCUAUAAAUACGUUGGAAUGAUCGUGACAACGUUGUGCGGACAUUUCCUGGGUGCAACGGGUUACUACUCGGCUUUAGCUUACACAGGUGUAGCUUUGGCAUUUUUAGUGUCACGAGCGCUUCGAGUGCAGAUCAUGCCACAAGUCGACGAACACAUGGGAGGCAACAAACGCCGGUUUUAUUUUCUUUGCGCCACUGCAUUCGCGCAACCGCUUCUCAUGUGGUGGCGCACUUCACACUUGCUUUGAAAUUAACGGAAAUUCUUCAAGCUGAAUUGUUUUUUGCUGUAUUUUUAUUUCGGAAUUGGUGUUAUGUUAUGUUCCCGGUCGCUCGAAACAUGAAUGAAGGACUGCAACGCAGGAAGAAAAUCUGCGAGGAAGUGUAUUUCAAUUCAAACCCUUGGGCACGAAAUUGCUUGAGAAUCCAUUGCAGUUUGUUUUUUUGCGGGGGAAUGGAAAAGAAUUUCUGACUGCGUUGUUGUUGCCUGAAACUCAACCGUUGCGGUUUUUUGGUCGCGGAAAUCCUUCCCAGUGUUCCGUUGCUCUGUUUUAGACCCGAAUGGUCGUUGUCAAUAUUGGAUAAGUUCUCCUCCGUCUUUUGCGUGCCGAUUUUCUUUUUUUUUUCUUGAUCGGUGGUCUUUGCGUUGACGCAAGUGGAUUUCAUGCAGAGAAUGCAGGGUCAUUGGGCGGGAUGGAAAUGUUUCCAAAAAUUUGUUUCCGAGCUCGUUUUCGUCAUGCCAUCUUUUCUUCUGCGAGAUGAACUGGCUACUUCUUUCAGACAAUUCAUUUUUAUAUUCUCUGUCGAUUUAUAUGAAUUUAAAACGACGAGGAUAAUUGCAAAGCCUUUUCCUUGGAAGGUCAAGAUUUGAAAAUUAAGACUUUUGAUUUCCAUGUGUAUACUGUAUUUUUAAAACUAUGAAUGAGAAUUUUAAUAUCAGAAUUCAUUCAAUCGCUGAGAUGCUGCAUCCGCAUUAGAAAUGGCUGUAAACGAGUG